AUGAGUCCUUUCCCUGUGGACAGAAAACUGAAGGCGGAGUCGGGCGACGCGUGGUUGCGCAACUUGGGGCGAAGCCCCAUUUCUGCCAGCGGUUUGACUCGCCUCACGAGGGCCGACGGGCCACCGCUGCCGAAAGGGGCAGAAUUUGGCCAAAGCAGCAGCAGCAGCAGCACUCCUGCCUGCGGGGGCAGCUUCAAAGGCGCCCGCCUCGAGACAAACUAUUCGUACGUCGACGUGUCUCCGCCAGUGCAGCAGCAGCCCGGGCGGUGGAAGCCCAAGAGCAGCGGGCGACGCCUCUCCUCGCCGGCCAAUGAGCGGCUGCCACACUGCAGAUCCGGCCUGUCUCCCCGAGGGGGCGGGAUUUCCGGCUCCUCUUUAGCUGCCGCUGAGGCGAACGCGAGAGAAAGCGAAAGUCGCCGCUGCCGCCUCCACCGGACCUGCCUCUCCGCCUCGCCUCGCCUCGCCUCGCGCCCGCUCGCCUGCCGGUGGCUGACCCUCAUGGAGGCGCUGCUGCUCGCGCUGCUGCUCGCCCUCGUGCCCCGGCCCGGCCGCGCCUCCGACGUGCUCGAGCUCAGCGACGACGACUUCGACAGCGGCCUGGCCGACCGCGGCGUCGCCCUCGUCGAGUUCUACGCGCCCUGGUGUGGACACUGCAAACGCCUUGCACCAGAGUACGAGUCAGCUGCCACCAGACUAAAAGGAAUAGUUCCUCUCGUGAAGGUUGACUGCACAGCAAACUCAAACACCUGUAACAAGUAUGGAGUGAGUGGCUAUCCAACUCUCAAGAUCUUCAGGAAUGGGGAGGAGUCAGGCAGUUACGAUGGACCAAGGACAGCUGAUGGAAUCGUGAGCCAUCUGAAGAAACAGGCUGGGCCUGCCUCAGUCGCUCUCCGCUCUGAAGGCUUUGAGAAAUUCAUCAGUGAAAAGGAUGCUGCUGUAGUGGGCUUCUUCAAGGAGUUGUUUGGGGAUGCACAUUCAGAGUUCAUGAAAGCAGCAAGCAACUUGCGGGACCAUUACCGCUUUGGGCACACCAGCGAUGAGGAGCUAAUUAAGAAAUAUGAGCCAGAUGGAGAGGGCAUCUUGCUGUUCCGUCCCCCACAUCUGGCAAACAAGUUUGAGGACGAUUCUGUGCAAUACUCAGAGGACAAGAUCACUACUGGCAAGAUCAAGAAGUUUCUUCAGGACAACAUCUUUGGCAUCUGUCCACACAUGACUGAAGACAAUAAAGAAUCGAUCCAAGGGAAGGACUUGUUGGUGGCUUAUUACGAUGUGGACUACGAAAAGAAUCCCAAGGGUUCCAACUACUGGCGCAAUAGAGUGAUGAAGGUUGCCCGGAGUUUCUUGGAUGCAGGGCACAAACUGAACUUCGCUGUUGCUAGUCGGAAGACCUUUGGCCAUGAGCUCUCUGAGUUUGGAUUGGAUGGGUCCACUGCCGAUGUUCCUUUGGUUGCUAUCAGGACAGCCAAGGGAGAGAAAUUUGCCAUGCAGGAGGAAUUUUCCCGUGACGGGAAGGCCUUGGAAAGAUUCCUUCAGGAUUAUUUUGAUGGAAACUUAAAAAGAUACCUGAAAUCGGAGCCAAUCCCAGAGAGCAAUGAUGGACCUGUGAAGGUGGUUGUGGCUGAGAACUUUGAUGAAAUUGUAAAUGCUGAGGGGAAAGACGUGCUUAUAGAGUUCUAUGCGCCAUGGUGUGGGCACUGCAAGAAUCUGGAACCCAAAUAUAAGGAGCUGGCAGAAAAGCUUGGCAAAGACCCCAACAUCAUUAUAGCCAAAAUGGAUGCCACAGCCAAUGAUGUGCCUUCUUCCUACGAAGUCCGAGGCUUCCCCACAAUUUAUUUUACUCCUGCGGGUAGCAAGCAGAGUCCAAAGAAAUAUGAGGGAGGGCGUGAGGUCAGUGACUUCAUCAGCUACCUGAAGAGGGAGGCCACAUACCCGCCCAUUCUGCAGGAGGAUGAAAAGCCCAAGAAGAAGAAGAAGGCACCCAAGGAGGAUCUGUGAGGGGCCUUGGCAUCACCUUGUCUGCAGAGGAGCCCUGCAGCCGCAGCUGGAGGCCAGGCCCCAUAGUGCAGCAUACAUUGUUGGAAAGUAAAGCCACUUUGGGCAGAGGGGACCCAGCUGCUGCCCCCUCAUUUAAGUUCUGCCCCCUCAUCUCUUAGCUGCACUUGCCAUGGAUGCCCUGGACUGGUUGAUGUUUGUGGGUGGGACUGGGGAGGGCUUGUUUUCUAUUUUUUUGUACAUUUGGAGGAGUGAAUCAAUAAAUGACCCUUAGGCCCCAAA